AUGCUGCGUUAUGCAAAUCACCUUCCGUCUAAAAUAGCAAUAGAUCGAUUACAAACGAGAUUUCACUGCUGCGGAAGAGUGCGUUACCAGGAGUGGUUCUUUAUACCUUGGUACAGUGCUGGACAGAGCACGGACAUAUUGUCGCUACGAAAAUUUGUAGCAGACAAUGUCCCAUACAGCUGUUGUUCGAUGAAUAUAAUGCAACCUUGCAUCCACCAUGGCGUUACUAAGAAAGGCACCAUUUAUAAGUACGACCCGUCGUCACAAUUGACGAUAUGGGAAACUGGCUGCGAGGAGAAACUGAUAAACGAAAUGAUGUCGGUUUCGUGGCGUUUCAAUGCUGUGAUGUCGCUCAUAAUAAUUGCGAUGAUUCUCCAAGUGAUUGCAGUUCGCUUUUUGCAUACGGCGUAUCGUAAUGGCUUAAACGUGGGUAACCCUGGCUCCUGCUACGCUUAUUUACUACGUUCUGACACUAAGGUCCAGGCUGGUCGAAAGAAAACCUGCCGCAAGCGCAAACCUCGCCAAGCACGAACUUUGCAAUGGGUCACAGCCACGUAUCGCCCAAAGUAUAGAUACACGACGUCGUCCCAGUCAGAUUUUAAUAGCUCCGAUGAAUUGUUGAAGCCAAUUUAUGAAUAG